AUGUCCUCCCUCUUAGACUACCUUACCUCCAGACUCACUCUCGGGACCGCUCGGCUCGCAAGUAGCAAGCUUCGGAUCCAGGGCAGCCAAGAUGGAGGAGCUAAGCAUGCACGAAUCCUCGGCCGAAGCCGAGUCAGUCGCCGCGCCCUCGGGUCGACAAGGCAAAGGGCAAUAGAGGACCAAGACCAGGGUCAACCCUAUGCCUGUGCCGAUCCAGGCUCGAGCCGUCUGGUCCGGCUCCCGGCCGAGCUGACUAUCUACCUUCUCGCCAACCUCGACCCCUUGGAGCUUUUGCCCGUCUCGGCCACCUGCAAGCACCUGCGCGAGCUCAGUCUCGGUGACAGCCUCUAG